GUAUGUUAUAUUGGAUGUAAGCCAUAUGAUGAAGCUACUUAGAAAUCUGCUCGGUGAUAAAAAAAUUUUAAUCAAUAAUAAUAAUGGAGCUAUAAUAAAUUGGAAAUAUAUAAAAAAUCUUCACAAUUUACAGGAUAAGGAAGGACUAAGGGCUGCUUAUAAAAUUGGCCGUUCUCAUCUUGAGUAUCAUAAGCAGAAAAUGAAAGUUAAACUUGCCGUUCAAGUUUUUAGUAGCUCAGUGGCUAAAGGAAUUAUUUUAGCGCAAGAGCUAGGAAUUGAGGGGUUUGAAAACUGUGAAGGCACAGUAGACUUUAUUCAAAUGAUUGAUCAAUACGUUUUAACCUACAAAACCUCCCAAGAUCAUCUUGAACUAUUUUUUAGUUGUUUACGCAGCAGAGGAGGGUUUAACAAUAAUCCAUCCGCUUAUCAAUUACGAUCUGCCGUUAGAGCCGUCUUGAUAGGAAAAAUGGAUGCAUUAACAACAGGUAAUUGUAUUCCAAUCGACAAUACUAACCUUAUUUGUGGAGAUUAUCAAAAAAAUGAUAAUGAUGAUGACCAUAUAUAUCCUAUAGAUAUAUCAUUUAUAGAUGUGCCAAAUAUCCCAAAAUUAUCACUCUACCUUUAUUAUGUUGCAACAUAUAUAUCUGGUUAUAUAAUACGUAAACUUAUAUCUGAAAAAAAGGUAAAAUGUUAUAAUUGUAUAUCUGCUAUGAUCGAUAAAACUUGUGAAGAUAAUGAGAACCACAAUUUAAUUAAAAUAAAAAACAAUCAAGGAUUAAUAAUCCCUUCAAAGAGCGUAUCUAAAUUAUGUCAACUAGCAGAAAGUGCAUUUCGUAUUUUUGAAAAGAAUAAUCAAAUAAAAAAGUCAUUUAUAUUUAAAUGCAUAGUAUCAUUUGUUAUUUCUAAAGCAAUGGAAACAAACAUUUUUGAUGAUCUGGUAGAUCAUAUGCUAAACCAGGAGGCUACAUUUAGUCAUUAUCAAAUAUUAAUUACAUUAAUAGUGGAACGCUAUAUAAACAUAAGGUUAUAUCAUUAUGCAGAUAAACAUAAGAAAAAUUCAAAUAUCAAUAUUCGGCAGAAGUUGACGAAAACCAUUCUAUUCGCAGGACAAUAAAUAUAUUGGCACAUGAUCUUUUUUAAUUUAUAUUAUGACUGUAUACAUUAAAAUAUGGAUGCUAUAUAUUAAUGAAUUUUGUAAUUUAUCGUACAUUAUAUCUAUUUUCUAAUUUAUA